CUAAGUUAAUAAAUAAUAUUUGAAUGUUGUUGAGCCCUAACAAGUCUACAGACCCCAAUUACAAUAAUUGUAUGUGCAGAUUGACUAGUUUUAAUUGUAAAUCUGUUAAACGAUCGAUUGACAAUGUUCGUGACAUUUGUAUGAACUCGGACGUAGUAGCACUCCAGGAGACGUGGCUACUUCCCCAUGAUAUACCGUUUUUAGGAAGUAUUAGUAAUGACUUUGAGUUUACCGGGAACUCUGCAGUUGAUACCUCAGCUGGGUUAUUAAGAGGAAGACCUUAUGGGGGAGUGGCCAUCCUAUGGAGGAAGGGUAUCUUUCAAGAAGUUACAAUACUCGAAUGUAAUAGUAACCGACUGGCUGCCAUUAGGGUGCGCAGUGGAGACCGCUUCAUAAUUAUUUUUUCGGUCUACAUGCCUACUGACUCACACGAAAAUCUGCCACUAUUUACAGAGGUGCUUAGUGAGAUAAGUGCAGUCAUGGAGGGGGAUAAUAUAGAAUGUAUGUAUGCCUUAGGAGACUUUAAUGCACAUCCAAAUGAGCUAUUUUAUAAUGAACUUGUUAACUUUUGUUUGGACCAAUCUUGGAUAAUGGCAGAUGUGGAGAAUUUAGGAUUGCAAUCCGAUGCCUACACUUUCACUAGUGAGGCGCAUGGAUCUCGACGCUGGCUAGACCACUGUGUUGUAUCAGUAUCGGCUUAUCAAACUAUUUUGGAUGUUACUAUUGGUGAAGAAUUCUAUGUGUCUGACCACCUACCUUUGCAUGUAAAGUGUAACUUAACGGUUAUAAGGCCUAAGUCCGUAUUGCAGAAUAGACUGUGUAAUUCAGUACUUUGGGGUGAGAGGAAAGAGGUUCAAAUUAAAGCUUACCGUAACCUAUGUAAUGAACGUUUACGUGACAUUGAUUUUCCCCCGGAAUUCGUGGAGUGCAGUCACGGGCAUUGUAAUUUAGCAGAGCACAAGCUCAUACUAGAUAAUAUGUAUUAUGAAAUAGUAUGUAUUCUAGGCAGUGCAGCCUCAGAAACUAAAAGUGCUUGUAGUGUCGGUAACCAUAAAAAGAAAAACUUAUGUGGCUGGAACUAUCAUGUCCGCAGCGCUCACCGUGAGGCCAGAUUAAGGUUUAAAAUAUGGGCUCAGAGUAACCGUCCAUCUUCUGGUCUCAUAUAUGAAGAGAUGCACAAAUCCAGAAAGAUUUUUAAAAGUCGUCUAAAAUGGUGCCAGAAUAACCAAGAACAAAUAAAGAUGGACAUUCUCGCACAACACAGAUCCUCCAAUAACUUUAAGAAAUUCUGGAAGGAAACCGGGAAGCAUGACCUCAAAGCCGGCCUCCCGGUGAGCGUUGGAGGGAAAACAGAUGCAUUGGAGAUAGCUAAUAUGUUUCGAGAGCACUUCAGUGUGAAGUCUCCACUUGGCCCUCCUGGGCUGCCCGGUGCUGGGCCCGGGUGCCGUCGCGGGGAGCGGUCGCUCACGUGCUUCACCGCUGCUCAGGUGAGAUCGGCGGUGAAGCGUAUGGGCGGGGGUAAGUCGCCGGGGCAUGACGGGCUCAGUAUCGAGCAUCUUAGGUAUGCGGGGUUUCAUUUGCCGAGGGUGUUGUCGAUGUUUUUCACUCUGUGCGUGAGUCAUUCAUAUCUACCGCACGAUUUAAUGAAAACCACUGUUGUGCCAAUAGUGAAGAACAAGACCGGCGACAUCUCCGACAGAGGAAACUACCGUCCUAUUUCGCUGGCUACAACUAUUGCCAAGAUAUUUGACAGUUUGCUUGACUCCUGCCUAAACAAUCAUCUUGGCCUACAUGACGCGCAGUUCGGUUUUCGGCCCGGACUAUCAACCGAAUGUGCAAUUGCGGGACUCAAGCAUACUGUCAAGUAUUAUACGGAUCGUAGAACUCCGGUGCAUGCCUGUUUUCUUGAUCUGUCCAAGGCCUUUGACCUCGUAUCGUAUGACACGCUUUAG